AUGCGUACCCGUUCUCAGCCAGAUUCACCUGGUGGCUUCGUCUCCCUCGAUGACAAUAAACGCGCUACUCGUCGUACUACCAGAUCAACGAGGUCUGCUUCCAGAGCUGUUUCCCAGGAACCUACUUCUGAACAGCCUGCCGAGCCUACAACACAACCAGCGACUCGGUCAAAAACCCAGGCACGCACUACCAAGAAGACCACUACGAAAAAAGCCACCUCGACUACAUCAACUGCAAAGCCUCAAACUCGCAAAGGUGCGAGGCGUGGAACGCGAAGUGCCACUCGAAGGGCGGAGCACAAUGCGACCGAAGAAGUGCAAGAGAGUGUUGAAAAGAACACUCAUGACACUGUGCGAACGGAUAAUAAGGAAAAUGUUGAUGUCAACACUGGAGACCUUGAGUCUCGCCCACUUGCGUCGGAUUCGGCUUUAAUGGAACCUAAGAAUUCAGAGCGUGUACGCGGAUAUCAAGUUGACCGUGAACCGAUAUAUGCCGACUUCUCCGCGCCGGUCAUCAAGGGUCAGAUCGAUAGACCAUUUGGUACCCCAAGCCCCAAGGGACUUACCGGUCUUCGUCAAGUACUUCGCUUAAUCCCAUCCCGGAAGGAGAUGACUUUGACCAUCCUGCGAGCGCCAAUAUUGGACUAA